GACCGUAUGCCCUCUGCCAAAUUCGUCAACCCUGUCAACUUUAGCAAGAUCCCCGCCAACCAACCGUUCACCAUCCAACUCAAGCUCAAGAACCUCCAAGCCGGUUUCUUCACCAACGCGCAAACCAACUACUAUGCUGCUCCCGCUGAAGUCAAUGGCGAUGGUGUCCUUAUCGGUCACACCCACGUUGUCAUUGAGCCCUGCUUUAGCCUUGACAAUACCGAGCCCCUUGACCCUACCAAGUUUACAUUCUUCAAGGGUGUGAACGGAGCUGCCGAUAACAAUGGUAUCGUCACUGCUAAUGUUGACAAGGGUGUCCCACCGGGUGUGUACAGGUUGUUCUCCAUCAAUACCGCCGCGAACCACAUGCCCGCUGUGGCUAGUGUUGCUCAACGUGGUUCGUUGGAUGAUGGCAUCUACUUUACUGCCGAAUAA